AGACAAAUUCUCAAUUCAAGAUUUGGUCAAACUUAGUGAUGAAAAGUGAAUUUUACUAAAAAGAACGAAGAAUAAGAAAAAGAAGAAACAGACUUAUAAUUAUCUGAAUAGAGAGAGAGAGAGAGAGAGAGAGAGAGAGAGAGACAAGUGCGAGCUGCAGAAUCCAUCUUACUCCAAAUAGGUGCAGAUACCAAGGCGCGUUCAUCCAUGGACCGACAGCCACAUGUCCUCGUCUUCCCCUGCCCAAUACAGGGCAACGUCAACUCCAUGCUCAAGCUCGCCGAGCUCCUCUCUUUCGCCGGCCUCACCAUUACUUUCCUCAACUCAGACUACUGUCACCGCCGCCUCCUCUGCCACACCGAUAUUCUCACCCGCUUCAGCCGCUUCCCCGGCUUCCGCUUCGAAACCUGUAGCGACGGACUUCCGGCCGACCACCCGCGCUCCGGCGACCGAAUGAUGGAUGUUUUCUACUCGUUGGAAGCCAACGGCGGCCCUAUUUUAAAAGAACUUCUAAUUUCCGGUCGACUGAGUUCUGACGGCAGGCGGCCGGUGACCUGCAUCAUAGCCGAUGGAGUCCUGGCCUGUGCCGUUGAUGUUGCUAAAGAUCUUGGAAUUUCGCUAAUUUUUUACCGAGCAAUCAGUGCUUGCUUUUUCUGGGCCGCCUUUUGUAUUCCUCAACUCAUUGAAGCCGGGGAGCUCCCCUUCACAGGAAAAGACAUGGACGAGCUAAUAACUUCCGUACCAGGCAUGGAAAGCUUUCUUCGGCGCCGUGACCUUCCGAAUAUCUGCCGGACCAGCGACCCUUCCUACCCGGUUCUUCAAUUCUUUAUGACGGGGACAAGACGAAACUCGGAAGCGCACGCGCUGAUAAUCAACACCUUCGAAGAACUAGAAGGCCCUAUAGUCUCUCACAUACGCACCCACUGUCCCACGCUCUACACCAUCGGACCUAUCCACGCGCACCUGAAGUCCAGACUCGCGGCGGAGACGAAGGCGGCGUCGUCUUCGCCGCUCUCCUCCAAGCCCAAAUCCAACAGCCUCUGGGAGGAAGACAGGAGCUGCGUCGCGUGGCUCGAUGCUCAGCCGCCGAAGUCCGUAAUCUACGUGAGCUUCGGGAGCAUCACGGUCAUGACGCGUGACGAGCUCAUGGAGAUCUGGCACGGUCUAGUGAAGAGCGAGAAGGCGUUCCUAUGGGUGAUUCGGUCGGACGGAGUGGUCGGGAAAGAUGGGACGUCGGAGAGCGGGUUGCCGACGGAGGUAUUGGAAGGAACGAAGGGGAGGGGGUGCAUUGUGGGGUGGGCGCCGCAGGAGGAGGUGCUGGCCCACCGUGCGGUGGGUGGGUUCCUGACCCACAGCGGGUGGAAUUCCACUCUGGAGAGUGUGGUGGCGGGCGUGCCAAUGCUAUGCUGGCCCAGGUACAUGGACCAACAGGUAAACAGUAGAUUUGUGAGCGAGGUGUGGAAGAUUGGUAUCGAUAUGAAGGACACUUGCGACAGGGUGAUUGUUGAAAAAUUGGUGAGAGAUCUGAUGGAGGGGAGGAGGCCUGAGUUCGAUAGAUCAACGGAUGAGAUGGCCCAGCUGGCCAGAGGAUCUGUGGCUGAGGGCGGUUCCUCCUACAGUAAUUUGGACCGCCUCAUUGAAGUUAUUAAAUCAACCGGUGUUUGACCGCUUUCGUUUGUUGGAACGCCUAUUUUAUUUUAUUUUUGUUGGUUUUAUUUUCAUCCUGUACCGCGAGUACUACAGUUUACUAAGACUGUAUUCGAGUCUACUCAGGUUAAUAUAAUAAAAUGAUGUCGAUCAAUUUCAUAAUUAUUAAA